AUGGAGGCGCUGAACGGCCCCGCACCGGGGCCCGGCGAAGCGCUGCGGCCGCCGCCGCCCUCGCCCGGCCACCACCACCCGCACGCCGAGAAGAAGCGGCCGCACCGCGCCCCGUCGCCCGCCAGACCCUUCCUCAAGGACCUGCACGCCCGCGCCGCCGCCAAGCCGCCGCCCGCGCCCCCCAAGUCCCCCGGCCUCCCCGCCCGGGCGCCCUCGUCGCCGCACCCGGGCGCGCACCAGCCCUCGGCGGGGCUGCUGUCGGCGCCGGGCCGCCUCUCCCGCCGCCCCGCCGCCCCGGGGGGCAAGGCGGCCGCCGUCCCCGUCACGGCCGUCGGCAGGGCGGGUGCCAAGGCCGCCCCCUGCGCCAAGCGGGCGGCCCGCGGUCCGGAGCCGGGGGCGGGUGCCAAGGCCGCCCCCUGCGCCAAGCGGGCGGCCCGCGGUCCGGAGCCGGGGCCCGGCGGCCGGGGCGCGGGGCGGCAGCCCGGCGGGGAGGCGGCCCCGCCGCCCGGCAAGGGCAGGAAGGCGAAGCGGGGAGCGGCGGCGGGCAGCGGCCAUGCGGCGGCGGCGCUGGCCCGCGUUGGCCACACGGACAGCAGCUCCGACCUCUCCGACUGCCCCUCCGAGCCGCUCUCCGACGAGCAGCGCCUGGCCCCGGCCGCCAGCAGCGACGCCGAGUCCGGCACCGGCUCCAGCGACCGGGAGCGGGAGCAGCCCGCCGCUCAUCCCGCCGCCCAUCCCGCCGCCGAGCAGCCCCGCACCGGCCCCGGCCCCGGGCGCGGAGCUCCGGCGGCCCUCAGCUCCCGCGGGGAUGCGCUCCCUGCGGCCACGGGCGGGGCGAGAGCCCCGAGCCGCGGGGAGCCGCCGCCGGCAGCCCCGGAGGAGCUGCAGCGGGAGGUGGAGGAGCUGCGCUCGGAGAACGAGUACCUCAAGGAUGAGCUGGAUGAACUUCGGGCUGAGAUGGAAGAAAUGCGUGACAGCUAUUUAGAGGAAGAUGUUUACCAGCUGCAGGAGCUCCGGCGAGAGCUGGACCGGGCAAACAAGAAUUGCCGCAUUCUGCAAUAUCGUCUCAGGAAAGCAGAACAGAAAAGCUUGAAAGUUGCACAAACAGGCCAUGUGGAUGGAGAGCUCAUUAGGAGCCUGGAACAAGAUUUAAAGGUAGCCAAAGAUGUUUCUGUCAGACUGCACCAUGAGCUGGAGAGUGUGGAGGAGAAACGAGUCAAAGCAGAAGAUGAAAAUGAAGUCCUUCGGCAGCAAAUCAUUGAGGUGGAAGUAUCCAAGCAGACGCUGCAAAAUGAGCUGGACAAGUUAAAAGAGGUAAGCAUUUGUCAGAAAAGCCAUGCAGAGCAUGGAGUUAGAAUGGAAAUUUGGCACAGAGAUGUCUUAGACUACUAAUUCUUACAUGAAGUG